AUGGUCGGUAAAAGUGGGAAAUAUGUCUUUUUUUUAAUUAAAUCUGCGUAUUUUGAUCUGGAAAGCAUUUACAGAAAUUUACAAUUUAUUCCUAUUCUGUGUUUUCGCCUGCCUUUUACAGUGACAGCUGUACUGAACAUGCACAUAGAGCCAAGAAAUCUGUUUGCAGAGAGAGCGUGCUGUAGACGCCAGAGUCACUUCAUCUACAUAGGACAAGAUAUCUCGGGUAGUCCAGUGAACGUGGAUGUCGGCAUGUGCAGAACAAACUGUGGCCAAGCACGACCCUCGUCCUUUGACACUGGGAUGCAGGGAUACUCCUCCCUUCUGGAGUUGCUGCGAGACAAAAAGAUGCAAACUCCAGGAGUGCCCUCUUUUGAGCUCACAGGCUUCGGAGGAAACCUUCCGGCGUGUGGCGCCAGCAUGACCUGUGAACCCACUGGACUUCGGGUAGAUAAAGUAAUGCUCAUGAACGGCCUUCGUGAGGUGGAAAUCAUUGAGGACUGCCACUGUGAGGCCAAAGUGACUCGCUGUGUCCGAGCACCCUCUCUCAGAACAUACUUCUUCGAGACACCUUAUGAGACUGUUAUCGACGUGGGCAAGUGUGUAGGAUCGAAAGGUGAACCAGAGGGCUUUUCCUGUGUGCCCACUAAGUUUGAUUCUGCUCUUGUGGACACUCCGAAUAAAGUGGAACUGAUUCAGACAGUGACCGGCUGUGAUAUGAAAGAAGGCUGCUACAGAAUCCCGUACGUGGAAUAUCAUUACGAGAUCACAUACAAUGAAGACGGGCUCAAGGAAGAAAACCUCAAGGAAAUAGAUGUGGGGAGAUGUUUGGGAAGCUGCACCUCAGGAAACCGCUGUCUUCUAAGGAGUGCCUCUGAUUCUGCUGAGUGUCUGCUGUGGGCAGAAGGACGGGGCAGUGCGUGUGUUCCACAAGGAUAUGAAAGCCACACGUUUCUCAAUCAGCAUGGACAAAUCCGAACUGUGCUGGCCAUUACCUCAUGCCUCUGCCAGUCUUAAAAAUAGCGACCUCUACUGAAAGUGCAUACACACUGCACCAACCAAGAGGACUUGCAUUUACAAUCGACCAAAUGCAGAAGCACGUUAAAAGUCAAGAUUUUUAACAUAAAAAUAGCACAUAGUAUUAUAGUAUUCAAAAAUACUAGUUAGUAUUAUAAUAUGUGGUUUAGGUGGUUUUCGAAUCUGUGUUUUCCUAACAUUACAUGAUCAUGGACAUUUGUUUCUCUUAUGCAGAAUUUAAAGUUGACCUGUUACAGCUGUCCCUGUAAUAUAUGUAAACUAUGUAAAUAUAAUUUUGUAAAUAAAAUGUGAUGCCACUAAUUAAAGCAAUGUACAGUAAUCGUUGUUAUUGUCCAAUAAGCAUCAAUAAACAGAAAUACCUUGUAAAGGAGAAAAUCGUAAUUGUUACAGCUCACUGCU